AAAAAUACUUAUUACGAGGUAGCAAACGAUAAUGAACAACAAAAUCGAAACGGACACUGCUGGUUAUGUCACAGCCAUAUCACAGUCACAGAUGUUCGCACUACUAACUUCUCCUCAAAGCUGGAGCGAAAGCAGUGGAGCAAAUCAUUGAAGCAUCACACAUCUCAGAAUAUCUCUUAAAGAUUCCACACCUGGCCGUGAACAAUGAGUAUGGUUCGACGAACACAAGGUCAAGGGUACACACUGCGGGCCCCUUAUGAUACCACCCAUGACUAUAACGCUAUUUCUGUUGGAAGCCCCAGACAACUGCCACCAUUAUCACAGCGGCAGGAAAUGGUGCAGGAAUUGGUGCCAGUGGUGCAGUCGGAUAUUCCACAUCGAAUCGAUAAUUUGGAAGAACGACUUUCAUUGCAGGAACGCAACACUCAGUCAUUGAUCGAUAAAGCAUUUAAGAUCAAGGAAGACGUCGUUGAAAGUUUGAACUUUACACAUGGAACAUGGAGUGAAGAAAAGCAGGCUCGAGCUCUUCUCCAGGAGCAUAUCCGUACCAUAACAAAUGUUGUCAACCAGUUAAACAGCAACAUCAUAGCAAUUGAGGAGUCUAUCAAGUCUCGGGAUAAUGCCCAUGUUAGUACUAACUCUGCAGUAAAAAACCUGGAAGUGCAUCAUGUGGCAACACUCACAGACCUUCGUGGACGUAUUGUUCGAUGUGAUGCUGCUAUUGCUAAAAUUGGUACAGACAUGCGUUUAUGUUUUGACUCAAUUCGACAAUUAAAUCAACAGCAGCAAGAGGUAUCCAAUCGCAUCAUGGAUCGUAUACAUGGCUUGGAACAACAAUUGAUAGCAAUCAACAAUCAAGUGGAGCGUGCGUCAGGUGAAAGCCGCAUGAAACUUCAGCAUCUAGAGGGUGACACAAACACACAAAUGAGCAUGAUUGAUGCUAAGACUCGACAGCUAGUGGACGAAAUGAAGGCAACAAUGACUUCGGUGCAGGGUUCAAUAGAUGCUGAGCGUGAACGUAUGGAGCAGCGCCUUUUGGCUGCCAUAGAAAAAAGUUCUGCUAGCAAAGAUUUACUUAUUGAAAGACUGGAAAAAAGAUUGGAGGAGACGCAGUACAAUCUUGAGGCUCGAACCAUUAGACUGGAAGAGAUAAUGGCAGACAAUCAAAACCACCUCACCAAUGUGCAGCACCACAUUGAAUCCAAGCUGUUAGCAGCAAUGGAUACCAACAUCCGAAAGAAUGCAGAUGAACUUGUCCGACUGAAGAGGGAGUGUCGUGAGGGAUUUGCCACAGUGCAUGAAAGCAUUAGUAAUGUGAAGACUGUCAUGGAGGGAAAACGCAAAUUGUUGGAAGACCAGCUGCGGAAAGAAAUUGGGCAAAUUCGGAAAAUGAUUGUUCUGGUCUGAGUCAUCCACUGCCUAAACCUUAUUUGCCACUUCUGCUGCCAAAAACAAGAUUGCAACAUGCUGUUCAUGUGGCUUAAUCUUUCACUUUACAAAUUUCAGUAUACAAAUAUUCCACAAGUACUCGAUCAGUUCAAGAAAAGAGAUUACGCGAGUAAUUUCAAUGUCAUCUAUUUUUUAAGCCAGUUUAAAUGAUUUACUUAAUAGCCUUCAAUAAUGUUUGUACCUAAUGCUCAUAAUAUGUAAAGUAGAAUUAGAAUAGAGAUGUCAGUACUUAAAAUGACAUCUCAGCAUUCAACAUUCUGGCAUUAAAGCCAUCUUGAAAAUAAAACAGUUUAUCAACUAGUUUGUAUUUCUUUGAACUGGUUUUCUUAACUUUUGGGGGAGAAUAUACUUUUCCACGUAUAUAUAAAUGAAUAAAAAAAAUGAAAGUCUAUAUUUUUCCUUGCCAUAGUAACGGUAGCAGAUAAGACUACCAUGUUAUGUUUCCCUCCAACAUAUGCAUUAUAUCCAUAUAUUUAUUUGUAAAUGUUGCCCUGUUAUUUAAAAGGUCAAAUAUCUUAAAAGGCUAAAAUCUGCAAAAAGGGCUUCUGUAAAGAAGAAACAAAUCUAUGGAAGCCUUGUGUAUAUAAGUUUGUAGAGCAUAUCUACAGACAAAUGUUCUCAUGUUUCUUCCAUAGUUGUAAAUUUGCAUUUACAUCUUAAAAAUGUAUUAGCAGGCUAUAUUUAUUAUAUGGGCUAUAUUUAUUCUUUGAUGAAAAAUGUCUCACUCCAGUAAUACUUUCCUGGCAUUAAGUAACAUUCUGAUGUUCUCAGGAACUGUAAAAUUAUAGUGUCUGUAGAGAAUGUCAAAGCAGGCUGUAUUUUUUUACACAUUUUUAAAGUGAUAUUUUACAUCUGUGAUCAAAGUCUUCAUUUCUUUUUAAUGAACCUGUCUUUACUCCCAGUUAUAUCCAGAAAUUAUCAUAAUCAAUCAAUCCACCAUCCAUCAAUCAUCCAGCAUCGUCAUUAAAUUCAUCACCUUUUUUAAUAAACUACUCUGUCCACUAUUAAUAAACUAGUCUGAUGAUGACAUCUAUGAGAAUUUCAAGAUAUAGUUGGGUGGACAGACAGGUUUAUUAUUAUUGUCAUUAUGUGAUCAUGUUGUCAUAACCAAAUUCACAGAUCAAGCUAUUUGUAGUGAAUUUGAUUUCUACCUGCUAAACACAUUCUAUUGACAGUAUGAUAAUUUUAUUCCUUUAAUGGCAUAAUAAAUGUUGAAUUGGGCGGUCUCCUUGAACACAGUAGCAUCCUUAAAAACCUUCAAGAGGCAAAGCUUUCCUACUGUGUACAAAAAAAUCGCCUAAUCUUCCAAAUUACAUACAUAAAAAGUAAAUGUUGCAAUAUGCCUUCAGUUUCUUGAUGAAGAUGUUUCUGCUACGUGUACUGAAAUCUUAAGUUUUGAAAUUACACAAUUUAGCAUCAAAGAAGUGUGGAAUUGAUCAGAUUUACAUUGUUUAUUAUUCUAAGCACAAUGAUUUAUUACAGAGAAGAGGUAUACCAGAUAUUUUGCUGUUAUCAUUGUUGCCUUUUAAAUCAGUGUUUUCAUUAACUAUGGAGGUUUUGUUGUUAUGAUCAUCUGCCUCACUAAGUAUAGGCAGAAAUAAAUGCAAUGGUUCAAGAGCUUACAAAUGAGCAUAUAUAGGAGUGAAGACCUUGCACAAACACCACUAAAGCAUAAGCAUGAUAUAUAGAUGACAUUACAGAUCUUUUUACUAUGCACCGUGUUAUUUGACCUCUUAGGUACAUUUGUGUCUAUGUCUCUUGAAAUCAAUUUUGUAAAUGUAUAUGUAGACAUGCACAAAUUUUACAUGCAUUUUGUACUACUAUGUAUACAAUUAUUAUUGAUGAAUUAUUAGAGACUUAUUUAAUUCAAUAUAUGUGUACAUUAUGAAUAUUAUUCAGGAAAUAAAUAUAAUUUUCUAGUAGUACUGUAUUUAAACUGUCUGCAGUCUUAAAGUGAACGGUCAGAUUUUAACACAACUUGCAUUGUAGACCUACAGUGUAGAUAUAUUUAAAUUCCCUGAUCUCUAAAUGUCAUAACUUAUUAUGUCUUUUGAUGUAUAAUGAUUAGAUCAUUAUCAUAUAUUCUCUUAAAUAAACCAAACACCGCCAUAUUAAAUCAAGAAUGAAGAAACACGAAUUACCUAUGCAUUAAAGACAAAUGCAAAGAAUUCAGAUAUUUGUAAACUUUAACAAAAUGCGAACAUAUUUUCUCUCAUAAGUACAUAUUCACUGUGGACUUUGCAUGAUUCUAUAAAUAGUCACAAAGUGUAAGUCAUCUUUGGAGUUAUUGUUUUCAAAUGUUCUUUCUUCGCCUUUGUAUAUGUGUAGUACUUACAGGGAGUUGCAAGCGAUAUUAAUGUUGAUAAAGGAAUUUUUUAAAUGUAUAUUUCAUUCUAAUUUUAACAAUAAAAACAUCAUAU